GCUCGACCGCGAACUCGGGGCGAACUGGUCGAAGCGCGCGCGACCGCCCCGGUUUUUUAACCGUCCUCACGGCAAGCUCACCGCAAGCGGCAGCCGUCGCUGCCGCCGCCGCCGCCGCCGUCGCCGCCGCCGCCGCCGCCGCCGCCGCCGCCGUCACGUCGUGCAUCGUCGUACAUACGCGCGGUUGUGUGCGCCAGGGCAGCACCCGUCGUCGUCCGUCGUCGGAGUCGCGGAGAGACGACGCGUGUCUAAAUUUGAAUACGCUCCGGCAGCGUGAGAGGAGAAGAAGGAGCAGUGCCGUCCGCGCGUGUUACGCCGUCGGAGGAUCCUCGUCGCCAUCGUCGUCGUCGUCGUCGGCGGCGGUUGUCACGCGUGAAAAGUAUAUUUUAAGAAGGACGAGGACGCACGCUCGACGCCGAUCGCGCGAUCCACUAGUCAACACAUUCUAGUCUACCGCGAUCACGGACAGUGGUUCGCGGAUAAAAGCUAACCUAUCUUAACGCCGCGGCGCGCGCGAGACGGACCGGAGCGGCCGAGCGUGCCGACGCACACGCGUGCAGCAGCAACACGACCACACGACGACGACCUAAGAAUAAUUCACGCCACGCUGCCGGUCGCGACGGCGUGCGUCGCGUUAUCACACGUCCUAUAAAUACAAUCGUGCGCCCUUUUCGCGAGUGAUUCACGGCGAAGGUGAAAGGAGCGGAGGGAGAGAGAGAGAGAGAGUGAGAGUGAGAAGGAAGAAAGAGAGACGACGACGACGAUUCCUCGGAUGAAAUUGGCCAACGUUGUUCGCGGCAGAUUUUUCCCGUCAUCGCCGACGAAGCUUCUUCACGAGAGAGGACGAGAGUAAUCCGGGUGUUCCGAGAGUGUGCCAAAGAGGGGAAAAAAGGGAUCGCCGAGAAAGAGAGAGAAAGAGGCGAAGAGAGAAGAGGAAAAAAACAGAGAGAGAGAGAGAGAGAGACUCGUGAGUGUGCCUGUCGAUUCUCGUUCGUCGGUUCGGCGUGGUAUUAGUGUGCGGGAAUCAGCAUCCGGUGAGGAGGACGAGAAGAAGAAGGAGGAGGAGGAGGAGAAGGAGAAGUAGCAACAGCAACAGCGACAGUAGCGGGAAGUUUUGUUUUGAUCGGCGGACGAUCGCGCCGUCUCACGAUCUCUCUCACCUCUCCUCCCCGUCUCAUGCGAGGAGGCGGCCGCGGGGGUGCCGUUGUAUCGCGGUGUGGGGAGAUAUCGAUCGCGCGCACGGGACCAUUGACGUCGUUCUGGAGAACGGCCGAACGUCGUAAGCGCCGAGAGUGAGAGAGAAAGAGAGAGAGUGAGAGGGAGAGAGAGAGAGAGGGACACGACGAGACGCGACGACGACGGCGACGACGACGACGAUACCUUCGUCGCUCGCUAACCUCGUCGCACACGCGGCGCGCUCUCGAGCGAGAGAUCGCGAUCAUUCGGCGCGGUGCGGCGCGCCGCGUCGCGGUGCCGAUCCCGAAGGAUCGGCCGCUCGCUCGCUCGCUCUCUCGCUCGCUCGCUCUCGACCUCGCUCUCGUUGACGCUCUCGCGCGGGGGAAGAUCGAUCGAUACGCCGCGCGGCUCAGCAGGGGACUCGGCCGGCCGACCGACCGACCUGACUCCCGCCGUCGACAUGUCCCGCUGAUGAUCCAGUAGGCUGCCCCGUGAGAUCCGUGUUCUUAAUAUUCCAUCCAGUGAUUUCGAAGACUUGCCUCUUAUCCAAGACGUGGUGCAACAAUGGGUCGAAAGAAGAUUCAGAUUUCACGUAUCACGGACGAACGGAAUCGUCAGGUGACCUUUAACAAGCGGAAAUUUGGCGUGAUGAAGAAGGCGUACGAAUUGUCGGUGCUGUGCGACUGCGAGAUCGCGCUGAUUAUCUUCAGUUCGAGCAACAAGCUGUACCAGUAUGCGAGCACCGACAUGGACAAGGUUCUCCUCAAGUACACCGAGUACAACGAACCCCACGAGUCCCUCACCAACAAGAAUAUUAUCGAGGCGCUCAACAAGAAGGAGCAUAAGGGUGCCAUGUCUCCAGAGAGCCCGGAACCCGAUGCAAUCGAAUACAAUCUUACCCCGCGCACCGAGGCCAAAUACACGAAGAUUGACGAGGAAUUUCAGAUGAUGAUGCAGAGGCAUCAACACAAUGGCAGCAGGACAAUGGGACAAUCGAAUUAUACGCUACCGGUAUCUGUACCAGUAAACAGUUACAGCGAAUCUCUUCUUGGAUCUAGUCCACAGAUGGCACAUACCAGCAUUUCUCCACGUCCAUCAUCGUCUGAGACGGAUUCAGUGUAUCCCCCGGGAGGAAUGUUGGAAAUGAGCAACGGCUAUCCUCCAUCGGCGUCACCGUUGGGUGGUUCACCUAGUCCAGGACCUUCGCCCGCACUUGGGGUUGGUGGGGGUAGUGCAAAUAAAAGCAGCAAUCCGUCUAGGCAUUCGCCGCAACCUCCGCCUCCACCGCCACCGCCUCAUCCUCACAGGGCUAAUCUUCGAGUGGUUAUACCAACACCACUUGCGCAACCUCUCUCCGAAGACACUAAUUAUGAUAGUGCCCACACACAAUCUGCGUUGAAUACACCUGUAGUAGCAUUACAAACACCAACAGUACCAGCCGGAUACUCUAGUUUUGGACCAACAGAUUACUCCUCGGAUCUCGGGGGCCUUACAUGGCCCACUCAUCAGAGGUACGUUGUUGAUGAGUUAUAUUCGGCAGCCACCAUGUCCAGCAUCAGUGGUCUUCCUCACCUAGCUGUUUCGAGCAGUACACCACCACCAUCCACAUCGCCUUUACCUGUAAAGAUAAAAAGUGAACCCAUAAGUCCACCCAGAGAUCCGCAUGGUAAUAGCGGAUCUAAUGGUGGCCCCAGCAACGCCAGCAAUCUACAUCAUACAAACUUGAACAUCGGUCCGUCGUCCAGUACCGGUCCACCGCCACAUCAUGUGUCUCAUCCAGGACCUCAGACACUGAAUCUGGUAUCGAGCAGACCGAGCAGUAAUCCACCUCCGUCCCAUUCGGGUAGCAUAACACCGACAAAUCUACCGUCGCCGGGAAGUGGUACGGUCGGUGAUAUCAGAACGAACCAUUCUAGCGGUGGCGGGAACGGAGGAAACAGUUCAGACUACGAGAACGGACCGCUCAUGAAACGCUCGAGAAUUACGGAAGGUUGGGCGACUUAAUGUCGAUUAAAUUGUUGCACUCAUCAGUUGUUUGAUACCUCCUCAACGUACAACGGCAUAUAGUGCUUGUGAGUUCCAGUAUAAUUAAACAAACUCCCUUUAAGCGUCUUUGAUGCGCGUACUUUGUACUAUCGCGAUAACAGUAGCUACGGGAUGGAUACGCUCUCGCCGUAGCUAGCGGAGUGGAAAAAUCUGUUUAUAUUUUGAAGCUGACACAGAAUAUACAUUUAUUUGACGAAAAAAAAGAAAAUACGGUGCCAUAAUGUUGAAACUUUAUAUAUAUAUAUAUUAUAUAUAUGAUAGAUACAUAUAUAUAUUUUCAUGUAUAUAAUAUGAAGUGUUGUUUGUAUAUAUGUCAUAAAAUUCGUAAUAAUUUUCGCGAAAUGGCAUUGUGUCCUCGAUGCUUAUCAUAUGGAUAUGCGAAAGGAUCAGUAUGUUAGGGAAUAACACAGUAUCCAAAAUUGUGAAAUUUCUGAAAGUGUAAUAUUGAAUAUAAAAGAGCUUGCGAGUAAAUCUACACGUAGUGUAAGAUUUAUAAAGACCAGAACUUACCAUUGCAAUUCGUUGUUGUUUUGUAUGAUAUAGUAGUCAGAAUACGCCAUAAUCCGUUAAUAUGAUCUUGCGCUGCAAAAAUGUGAUUUCUUCAAAAACGUUGCCAUUGUGUUUUGGAGAAGCCAUCGUAUUUAAUUAAAUACAGCAGUCAUUUAUUUUUUGUUGUAUUUCUUAUUUGAAUGGAAUGCAAACUUUAUAUUAAUCAUUUUCUGUAUUGUUUACAAAAUUCAUUUUUAUAUGGAAAAGAGAAAAUUUACAUUUUAUUUUCUUCAUUAAGAUUUUUAUGUUCUUUGAAUUAAUCAAUUAAUUUUACUGUUAACGUGAGUGUAUUAACGGUCUGUGGUUCCCAAAUACGUGGAAAAUCGGCUGCUGUACUCAAACUUUUCAUGAUAUUCUAUAGAACAAGAUUCGAAAUUAAUAUAUUGAGUUACAAGGUAAUACGAGAUAGAUAGACACAUAUUAUAUAGUGUUGAUUAAUAAAAAAAGAUAUACACACAGCGCGCGUAUAGAUAUAUACAUACAUAUAUAUAUAUAUAUAUACACGUUAUAUACAUUUUCCACAAGUAUUUUGCACAUUUGUAUAAAGAAAGUUAUAGAGGAAGAAAACUUGAGAACUUUGCAACCCUUGAAGCCUAAAAAUAUAUAAUGAGAGUUUAUACUACAGGUAUAUGCCAUAUAUUAAAAAUGUGAUUAAACAAAACUUACGAUAAGGGGGAUUGAGUGAUAUUAAUGUUAAUAACUUUCAUCGUAAAUUUUUAAAGAAACCAAAAUUACAUUUCUAAAUAUACUUUAUUAUAUUUGUCAACCAUGAUCAAUUUUAUGUACUAACCUGUAGUUCUUUUUAAUACCAAAAACUCCAGAAGGAUUGACUAUACAUAUAGAAAAUGAUACCGUUUGUUCUUAAGAUGAAACUCUUAAGAAAAUUUUUUGUCGCAGAGAUCCAUUCUGUGAUAUAUAAAAAAUUAUAUAUAUAUAUAUAUAUAUAUAUAUAGAAGAGGUUAUCCUUUUCGAUAUCAGAAAUGUGAUCUUCUCGGCCAACAUUUAUGUAAAAAGUUCAAUUUAAAAGAUAUUUGGCAAAACAGGGUUGCAAUUGUAAGGAUACGAUGUAGAAUUACCUUCUUCCCAAAAUCAGUAAGAUGAAAAUGUGUCAAGAUGGUUUCAAUGUAUGUUUUACAAUCUCAGGAUGUAUCCUGAAGAAUCGUUCUCGAGAGUUGUAUUUGAUAAAUUAUUGUAAUUAACAUAUUAAUGGAAUACGCAGGUAUAUGAAUGAAUAGUGCCUGGCACCAUUUGUGGCCCUCCUGUUAGGAUGCUUUCCCAAAUCGUAUAUGCAGUACAAUUUGUUAAUAAAGUCUUGAAAAUAAUAAGCUACUUAAGCGCGAUAUAUAUGAGAAACGAUAUAUGGUGAUGUAAGCUUUAUAACGUGACUUUUUGACAAAUAGCGUGGGAAGGCAACCUUUAUUGUAUAAUCGAAGGUUAUACAGAAGUAUAGCCCUCGAUAUUCAUUUUCUUUAUUAACGCAUAUUAGAAAUGUUUCAUAUGACUGUACGAACAAUCGGUAUGUGGAAUAUGAAGGCGUAUAAUGCGUAUAGUCAUUAAUCUUAAUAUCACGAAUUUUUAAGAUGAUCACAAAGUGCAAUCUCUUAGCCAACACACUUUUUUAUCAAACAAAAAAAAAAUAUAAAGAAAUUGUUAUUUUUCAUAAGAAGUAAACUUUAAUGUAUUAAAGAUAUAUAUGUCUCCACUAGUUAUUAAACUUUUCCUAUUGACGCGAAAUUUAUUAUAUUUAAUUGAUAUUUAAUUGUAAUAUAUUCUAUUCAUAUAUUACGAAAGAUGAUUAUAUAUAUCUAAUUCGCGCAAGUAUAAGAAAAUAUUUGCAAGUGAGUUUAUAUUUUGAAACUUUGUAUUACGUUUAAAUGUAUUUGAUCAGUAUGUUAAACAGGAACAAUUAAAGGCAAGCGUUUCUUAACGUUGUUUUAUUGAGAAUAUAUUCUUUUUCGUAACUUUGAACAUAAAGUAAAAAUGUUAAAUUAUUUCAGUUUCAAUUUUAUCAGUGUUGUUAUAUCAGAUAAUAUCGGAAGUUAAAAUGUCUCACAUAUGUUAAUCUCACACAAAAUAUAAUUUUAAUUGAAUCUUAACGGACAUGAGAGCCCAAAACUUUUUAAUUUUUUUCUCUGAAAUGCCCUAUUGUGAUAUCUAAGCUAAUAUGAUCCUUCUGCAUAAUAAGUCCAUCUAAGGUCAUUUAAGUGUUCCGACAUCAACACUUCUAUAACAGUCACAGUGUGAUGUGAAAAGCAUGAGCAGUACUUUAUAUGCAAGGUUUAUAUGUACUAUCUGAUCUAUUUUACCAUAACAUACAGUUACGAUAAUGCAUAACAAAACCCAUAAGAGUAGGCAAUUUGUUAAAUGUACGUUAAGUACAUGUACGUACACUUCAAUGUAUAUUUUUAAUAUGAAGUACGUGUAAGUUAUAUCUGUGAGCAAAAAUAAGUUGAUGUAAUUAAAGAUGUAUUCAUCUUGGUCGGCACAACUUAUGACGAAGAUUACAUUGUUAUCUACAUUACAGACUAAAAUGAAGUUCGUACCUUGCAACUGAUUACAGACAUAUUGAAAAAUAAUUUAAUUUUAAAGUCAUUUAAAAUAUGAUGUGGAAAAGACACUAUUAAUUUUGGAAGACUUUCAUAUCCCGGUGACUGAAACUAUAUUCUUUUACAUAAAGCCAAUUGUGUAAAAUUGUGCUAAUUUGCGUGUGAUAUAUAUUACGUUUAAAAAGUAUAUAUCAAAAUAUUUGUUUACGUUUUGUUCGAAAUACUCUUUGGUUACUUGCCGUGAAUUAUCAUAGUUGUGCCUCAAGAUUUCGGCAGAUAUUCAAUACGUAAUAAAGUAAUGAUAAUUAUUGUAGUUAAAAACUCAGAGACUAUUGAAAUUGUUGGAACGCUGUGAACGAAAUGGACCAUCGUUAGAAGAGCCAUACGCAUAAGACAAAUGAGGUCUACGGAUGGUUAGACGUUUUAUAUUGCAACAUAAACUAAGAUUGUUUGGAAAAAAGGCCAUUAUAGGCUUUAGACAUGUUCGCAAAUAAUCGAAUUGCAAUGCACGGCACAAGUACCAGAUCACUGUAACAAUGUAGUAAAAUACAAUACGAUGUAUAUGUACUAGCCACAACUGUUGUCACCACAAAUAUAAAUAAAUAAAUAUAUAAAUAUAUAUAAAUAAAUAUAUAUAUAUAUACACACAAUUAAGUUUAAAUACAGAUUUAAGUACUGGACAUAUCUGUAAAGCCAAGUAGCAUCACAUUUUUAAACAUCAUAAGAAUAUCGUCAUUUUACUGUUAUUAUCUGUAUCUGUGCAUUUUGAAACUGAAAACGGUAUGACCUGUUUGAUACGUACACAAUCACACCAAAAGUUUGAGAAUCCUUCAUAUAUUUUUUAACAUAUAGUUAUCAUAUUAUUGAGUUUCCGCUUAGUUUUGAAAUGCACUUUGUAAACAGAUGAAGCGUAUGACGGAGGGAGGGGGGCAUACUUUAAAUAUUAUUAUGUAGUUAUACACAUAUUUGUAUAAUACAAUUUAAAAGGGAGGUUGUUCGACAAUUUCUCCAUUUGCGUAUCGUACUGUUAAUUUCGAGAUACAAUUACAUUGUACAAUGUAUAAAUUUUAAAUAGAACAGUAUGUAUACACGGACAGACACGGACACAUACACAAUACAAAAAGAUUUGCAUUGUGCAUACACAAUCGGAUGUAUGCAUAUGUGGAGAUAUAUGUAUAAAAAGUUAUUAUAAUAAUGUGUAAUAGUAAUAACAUAUUAUAGUUGUGCGUUACGUUAGCUGAUAAUUGCGAGAAUAAAGGAAAGUAAUUCAUAUAGUGCCAUCAUAACUGACUAAUUAAGGGAAAUACCGAUUUUACGUUUUAAGUAGUAUCAUAGGAGAGAUAUAUUUGAGGAAGAAAAAAAAUACUUACGAUGUUGAAAACAAAGACUCGGUUUAUGUUUGUAAUAAUAAUUAUAAUGUUUGCCAAGUUUGUUACAUAAGUAUGAAGCCAUUGAGAAAUUUUAUGUACUAAAUCUUAAAGACAUAUUUUAUCCUCUUAUGCACAUUCAAUGCCACACGCAAUAGUACUUGAGUACAUAAACGCGAAUGGUUUGUGCGCUCAUGGAGAGAAGGCGUGAACGUACGUUACGGACACGGAAUUACAAGGCUCCUUUGUUUGUACGUUAUACCUUUGGUGCUCGACAUUACCCAGUUAUUGUUAUACGUUAUUAUUACUGAUCUGUAUAUGACCAUGCUACCAUAUCGCCUAUUAUUGGUCAGUAUAAUCAUUGUCAGAGUUAGUGAUAAAUAAUGAUUAUUUGAUAACGCUCUGUGUACAUCACACACACAUACAACAUUGUAAACACAUACACAUUGUGGUUAUAUUUCAGUGUAUCAGCAUAAUGAUAUGAUUAUUACGAUGUUGCCCAUAGAAUACAUUUUACUUGGUUUUUA